UUUCGGAGUGUAAAGAGAGACAUAAAGCUAGAUUGUCUACCAGGAGCAAUGGUCAAUAAUAGAGUGUCAGUAUCUGUCACGCCCCUGGACUGUCUGUGUUUCUCUCCCCAUGUGCUCGCCAUGACCUCAUUUACCCUCUUGAUAAUCAUGUCGUUUAGUUCAGGCGUAUCUUGUUAAUUGUUCUCGUUUCCCCGUGCAUUUAAUGUGCUGUCUGUCUUUGUUCGGGUCUCAAAUCGUCAUGUUUGUGUGUCACCAGCCACUCCUUGUUGUGGAUAUCCCCUGUGUUUAGAUUUAUUAUUUGAUCCACAUCUCCGAGUUCAUUCCCUCCGACACAGUUCGUGACAGUAUCGUCAAUAUACAAACAUAUUUAACCACUCAGUGCUUUGACUGAUCAAUCAGACUCAAGUAUAUAAUAAAAUCAAACAUAAAGGAUUAUGAUAACAUUUAAAUCAGUCUAAGGAGUGACUGCAGCACACAUGUGCAAGAAGUCUUUAACAUCACCUAACCGAAUGCAAUUGUAAUCCAGAGUGCUUGAUGAUUCAUCGAAGUGUGUGAAAUGUUUUACGAUGAGAUGAUAUGAUUAGAUAUGGAAUAAGACAAAUAGAGAGUGAGAUUAUAGUGCAGGAGAGAGAGAGGUACAUAAGCCAGAUGCGGCCACUGUGUAGCAAGGGACAAUUCAGGACACUGAAUCAUUACGACAGUCGGUGGAUUGUCUGUGAUCAGUGUGCGCGUGUGUGUGUGUGUGUGUGUGUGUGUGUGUUUAUAUGGAGCAUCCAAGCACGUGUCUCUCACAUGUGCUGUCUCACGGUCGCGCCCUCCCCCAGACGUUCAGUUAGUUACUGCAUGCGCACCACCACACACACACACGCGCACACACACACACACACACACACACACACACACACACACACACACACACACACACACACACACACACACAAACACACACACGCACACACACAAACACACACACUCUCACUCAGUUCCAGGGGCCCUGUGGGUCAGUUGUGGGAUUAUUAUGCAGCUAGAGAAGUUUCAGAUGGUUCCCUGAAAGGCAGAUUUGUCCUGCCUCGCCUCGACCCGCCAUUUAAUUACGCCUCUGUAAUUUGAUUAGCAGAAAGUGCGCGUGAGUGAGCAUUUAAAGGCUUAUUCACUCUGAGUGUGUGUGCGUGUGUGUGUAUGCACUCGUCUCUCGGCUCCUCUCUCCUCGGAAGCAUGUGCGGGAAUUAAAAAGGAGGAAGUGGAACUUUGACGUGGAUUUUGCUUUGAUGUGUCAUCCUCUCACGUGUAGCUUUAGCCACGAGAUCCAAGAGGAUAGAAACCCUCAUUUUUAACUUGUUCAUGCUCAAAGAAAUGCAGCAGCUGUUAAUAAUAAUAGAUGGUUUAAUUUUUUAAUUUUUGUUUUUAGAUGUAGAUGGCUGCUAAAAUUGUGCGGCGAGGUGCAAAAACCCGAGGAAAUCUGGGAAUAAAAGCAUAUCUUUGAUUCAAAAUGCUGAAAAUCAUAUAACUUUUUUUAAUAAAAUGCUGUUGUCAUUUGUUUCCACUGUAUAUUUGCAUGCAUAAAAAGGUAAACCAGAAAAGAACAUUAAUGCUAUUAUCAAAUGUGUUGGCAAAAUUAAUAAGAAAUAUAACACGAUUUUUCACAUUCUCAUAUUCACGUCAAAAGACAACAGUGCAGAUGGCAGAGGAGCGAGAGAGUGAAGAGGAAGAUGAGAGUGGAGGGUUAGUGAUGCAGGAGAGGUGGGGCUCACAGGAGGAGGAGUGUGAAGAGAGGGGGAGAGGAACGGGAUGGGGUGAGAGAGAGAGAGAGAGAAGUGUCAUCCUACCAGCUCAGAGUCCCUGUUACCGCAGAUAGAUUGCGGACAGCUUUGCGAGAGGAGGGAGACGGCAAUCAUGCACAUUUUACAGCCCCAUUAUGUCAACAGGUGGCCGGAUGGAGUGAAGAGAAAAAGAAAGAAUAGUCAAUGCUCUCUGAAGAGCACGUCUGUGAAGAUCAUCUCUGUUCCAGGGUAUGUUCCCAGCUACCUGGAGAAAGACGAGCCAUGUGUGGUAUGUGGGGACAAGGCCACCGGCUACCAUUACCGCUGCAUCACAUGUGAGGGCUGCAAGGGUUUCUUUAGGAGGACAAUACAGAAGAAUCUUCACCCUUCCUAUUCCUGCAAAUAUGACAGCUGUUGCAUCAUUGAUAAAGUCACCCGCAACCAGUGCCAGCUGUGCCGCUUCAAGAAGUGCAUCUCGGUGGGCAUGGCCAUGGACUUGGUGCUGGAUGAUUCAAAGCGUGUGGCCAAGAGGCGUCUGAUCGAGGAAAACCGGGAACGGAAGAAGAAAGAGGAGAUUGUGAAAACUCUGCACAAUCGGCCUGAGCCCACCGUCUCGGAGUGGGAGCUGAUUCGUAUGGUGACGGAGGCUCAUCGCCACACCAAUGCCCAGGGCCCUCACUGGAAACAGAAACGCAAGUUCCUACCAGAAGACAUCGGGCAGUCUCCGGCCCCCACAUCAGACAACGACAAGGUGGACCUGGAGGCCUUCAGUGAGUUCACCAAGAUCAUCACCCCUGCCAUCACACGAGUUGUGGACUUUGCCAAAAAGCUGCCCAUGUUCUCCGAGCUGCCCUGUGAAGACCAGAUCAUCCUGCUGAAAGGCUGCUGUAUGGAGAUCAUGUCCUUGCGAGCAGCGGUGCGGUACGACCCCGAGAGCGAGACGCUGACCCUGAGCGGGGAGAUGGCUGUCAGUCGAGAGCAGCUGAAGAACGGAGGGUUAGGAGUGGUGUCUGAUGCCAUCUUUGAUUUGGGCAAGAGCCUGUCACAGUUCAACCUGGAUGACUCGGAGGUGGCGCUGCUGCAGGCCGUCCUGCUCAUGAGCUCAGAUCGUUCCGGACUCACGUGUGUGGAGAAGAUCGAGAAGUGUCAGGAGAUGUACCUGCUAGCAUUCGAGCACUACAUCAACCAUCGCAAGCACAACAUCUCCCACUUCUGGCCCAAGCUGCUGAUGAAGGUGACGAACCUGCGCAUGAUCGGCGCCUGCCACGCCAGCCGCUUCCUGCACAUGAAAGUGGAGUGUCCCACAGAACUCUUCCCCCCGCUCUUCCUCGAGGUCUUCGAGGAUCAGGAGGUGUGACCGAGAGCCACAGGGGAACCCGGGGAGGGAAAACUGAUCGUCAAUUUGUUUUCGCAAAGCAUUUGUAUUUUUUGCAUCCUCCUCAUGCAACGUUGAGCCGGGACAUGCACUUAAUUUUGCACCGUCAGCUUUGUCUAGGAUAUGUUUUGGGUUGUCGGUCUCCACAUCUUUCGACAGUCACCUGCCAUUCAGAUUCCUCCCACAGACGGACAGAAAGCAAGCAUGCAUCAACCUACCUCUCAUACCUCGACAUACCUCCCAACCUCAGAAGGAGCUUAUUUUAAAAGCCUGACGAAGAAAUCCACACAUUCAAAAGCCAUUUCCUAACCUGUUUCGGAAACGCUAGCUGCUGUUGUAAGUACAGAGGGAACGUUUGUGAGCAACAUCGAACACCUACAGUUGGGCUCUACACGAUUAACCUAAUUUUCCUCUUAUUACAGUAGUAUUUCAGCAUUUAUCUUCCUCUUUGCACACAUAGAAUAUCUCCUGUGCGAACAUAACUAACUGUGUGCAUUCGUACACAUACAUAAAUAUGAAGUGUGAACUUCUCAUACCUCAUAUGCACCAGCAUACAGACAUACAUGUAGCGACAUGUCCAUGCAUGUAUGUAUGCGUACUAUCCUGCCUGCAUUAACACAUUUAUCUUCUCUUCUUACAAUGCAGCGUCUACAGUCCUCACAUAACUACUUAUCUUCCAUAUCCACUUCUAUGUUACUUAAGCUAAACAUUUUGUGACCUCGUUUUCUGAAUAGCCUCUUGUCGCUUUCCGCGUGUGACCCAUAUAGCUGUGGUGAGGUAUUUCCUCCUGUAUUCAUCUGUCCUAGUGUUGUCCGUUUGGGCAGACAGAUGGAUGUACAGAUGUAUUAAGCCAUAUGCUGUGGUUUGAGACACAUGCAUCUCCAUGUUAUGGCCUUCAGAUCGCUCAUUGUGCUCCCUAGUCAGUACCUGGCUCAUCAGACGGCUGUACCAUACGGUAUUACACAGAACUUCAGACACAUGGUAGUGCUAUGGUAUUUAUUUUAGGGGAAUAUUACCCCUGAAAUCCAUCCAUCAUGCCAUUUAUGUGGAGAAAUUAGAAGCACAGGGUCGUGAAUGAUUCCUGAAUAUCUGAAUUCGACAGAUGAUAACAAAAAUAGAAACUAAGGGUUAGAUCAUAAGAGUGAGAGAGGUUACAUUGGGGUUAAACAUCAAAAUAACCACUUCACCAAAAAGGUGUUGAGCAAUUUUCUAUUUAUUAAAUUGUGUUAUAUGAAAAUAUGAUUAGAUACUAAAAUUAUUUUAGUAUCGUACUUAAAAAUGUGUUCUUGCUACAUUGUUUCACACAUUAAUCUCCAUUGUUAUUGGAGCAGUCAAUUCAAAACUCAAAAUUUGAAAACUCUGUCAACAUUUACUUAUGCACAAGUUGUUCCUUUUGAGCACAAAACAAGGGCCCUCAUAUAUCAACAGUGCGUACGCACAGUUUCAAACUUUUCUACACACUGUUAAUAAAAGAGGCCACAGAUAUUUUGGAGAAUGUUAGUAACCAAACAGUUGACGGUACCCAUUGACUUCCAUAGUAUGGGGGGAGGGGGAUAUCCUGGGCCAUCAACUGUUUGGAUACCAGCAUUCUCCAAAAUAUCUUCUUGUGUGUUUGACAAAGUAAAGAAACUCAUACAGGUUUUGAACAAAUGGACGGUGAGUAAAUGAUGACUGAAUUUAAAUUUUUGUGUGAACUGUCCGUUUAAAUCAAACAAAUAAGCUUCAUUUCAACAUUUCAAGCUGCAGUUUCAUCAGUUAAUUACAUCAGAGCUCAUUCUCGGUUUGUUGUGAAAUGUUUAUACAGAAUUACAGUUAGCAUGAAAUGAAUAUUCACAACAUCAGUUUUCUAAAUGCACGUUAUUUAUGGUUUUGUGAACUAUUCAUUUGUUCAGAUAUGCAUUUUCAGCACUGUUAUGUUUAAUCAAAAUCAUAUAGACUCAGAUGUAUGUCACAAUACAGAAGGAAAGAUAAGUUACAUACAAGAAAGAUAAAAAAAAUUUCCCAAUUACAGAUUCAUUCAUUUACAAAUUGCUAGUUUUCUGACUUAAUCACUUUCAACAAAACUGAAAAUCAAGUUUUUAUUGCUAAAUAUAUUGUAUAAUUUCAGGGUUCUCAUUAGCUACAUCUCCAACAUUUACAAUAAUAAUAAAAAAAAAAACUUACAAUAAAUGGCUUCAAAUAAUAAACCUUAUUUAUAGGUCCUCAGGGAAGUUCUGUAGUUGUGUCCGGAGAGGUCAAUUAAAAAUAGAAAGGACUUUUAGCCCCGUUGUACCCUACAUCUUUGCUGACUUUGAAAGUAGAGAACGUACAAUCUCCACAACCUUCUUGCAAGAGGAAAUGAAAUGAGUGUCACUUACCUCUCCAUGUCUUCAAACAGACUCUACCUCAUCCCUCAUCUGUGUAUCACAGUCUACAAAGCACUUUUUGCCAUUCACAUGCUCAUGCACAUAUAUUCCUGCUUAAACCUGUACAUAAACAUGCACACAUGCACACUAAAAAGUCACAUACCUCUCUCAUGUGUGUGUGUAGUGCUUUCCCUUUCACUUGUGAUGUGGGACCAAGUCUCAGUCUUGUUCCCUGUUUCUGAGGACAGUAAGAAUGUGCCGGACUGAAUGAAUUUCACUGUGCUGCUGUGACAGAGCUAAACGAUUGCUUAGCAGAUUAUUUUGCUUUAGAGAAGCAGCACAGGAAGAUGGCUCCUGAGUAACAUGAACCUCAUUUUUUGUCAGCCCAGUUCUGUGGUCCCUGAGCUG